AUGUCACUCUUCAAAGCCCGCGCAAAGCCCAAGCGUAUAGGACGUGAAGUUUCCGAUUCAGGGCAUACAGGCGACGACGAUGAUAACGGUAGCCCAGCGGUGCGCCGUCCAGGCGCCGCGAAACAGAAGUCCAAACUCCGAGUCGCAUUCGACCCAACCGCCUCAGAUGCCAACGACUCAAGUAGCGCUGUACCCUCAGACAUUGACGUCCCAAGCGUAGUCCGCCCACUCAAAAGGAACGCGCCUACUUCACUCCAAGACCGACUCAAGCAGACAUCAAUAAGGGAAGACGAAAGCGCCCCAUCGCGACCGUCCUACAGCAAAUCCGCCCUCGACGAACUCCGCGCCUCGACACCCUCUACACCCAAAGAUCACCUCUCCCUCACGACAACACCAGACCCAGCCUCGGAUAGUCUCGCCCUAUCAGCAGAGUCCAAAUUCGGCAAGCUGCCCGCCAGCACGAGCACAGCCAUCCCCUCAGCCACAGAAAUUGCAGAGCGCAAAGCCCGUCGCGCACGAUUAGCACUCGAACAGUCUGCCCUGCCUGCCUCAACUACAGAUCCUGAUAGCGAAGAUUACAUACCACUCGACGCCUACGACUCAGACGGCGAGUUCAAGCCCAGUCGCAUGCAGGUCGGAACAUGGCAUCAGCCCGCCAAGGAGAAAGACACGCGCCUCGUGCAUGAGGACGAGGACAUCGCCGAGGGCUUCGAAGAGUUUACUGAGCCGAGUGGACCGAUCAUCGGCGAGGGCUUCCUAGGAGGAAGUAGCAUCUCCAGGAACAGCAAAACAUCACGAUCCGACACCAAAAAGGAACGAAACCGCCUAACAACAGACUCCCUAAACCUGACCUCCCGCUCCGCGAAGCUCAACGCCGCCGCCCAUCGGGACGCAAUCCGCGCUGCUAUUGAUGCCGCCGAGGGCAACGAUCAUGCUUCCUCCAAUGCUUCCUCCGACGACAAUUCCGCCUCAGAGAUCUCCGAUGACGACUCCUCAGGCGACGAAACCGCCCGCCACCACCUCUUCGAACAGUCCCAAACAUCCCACGCGCUUCCCUCCGCACUCUCAGGUGCGUACAUGAAGCAAGCAAAACGGCCGAAACAGCCACCUGUCACGUCGCCAAUUCCGAAGAUCAACGCUGCGUUGGGAGGGUUGAGGGAGCGGGUAGAGGCGAUCCGACUCGAGAAGGCAGCGCUGCAGCGGCGGAAGGAGGCUUUGGUGCAGGAACGGGAAGGUAUUAGGGGACGCUUGGAGUACAUACAGAACGGUCUCGAAGAGUCAGGGAGAGAGCUCGAGGGUGUGCUUCGUAGUGCAAACGGCGAUGGUGGGCAAAGGGUGAUGCGGUUGCUGCUGCUGCUGCUAGUGAUGGCGUAG